GGGCUAACUUGGUGCUAAUGAAUUUGGUCCUCCAUUGUUUGUAAACAAACCGAUCUCGCAAAAUAUUUUUCGAUUUUUUCUCAGUUUAUCGGUUUUUUUCAACGGAUUUUUGUGAAAUAUGUGAUUUUCGAAACCAAGGAACACUUUAAGGUAUAUACUAGAAAGUAAUAUAAUUCACUUUCCAACUGCCCCAAUGGCGGUGUACAAUUUAUCCACCUUUCCGGAUGUGUGUCGACUGUGUCUGCAGUCGAAACAUCCCGACGAGCUGAUAUCGAUAGACAUCGAACGUCCCCAGAUGGACCGAGCCAAGUUGGGCGAUUUGCUGGAGGAGCUGACUUUCAAGAUUCCAUCGAGAGUAUCCAGUCUAAUGCCGAAGGAAAUUUGCUCCAUGUGCCUGGAAGUGUUUGAAUUUUUCUACAAGUACAAACAGAAGGUAUAUCACAUCCACCAGUUUCUGGUGGCCUUUGUGGACGUUCGGCUGGGAAACAGCAGUCCAUUGGUGCAACUUUUCAACGAUCGCAACGAGUACUAUUCGAUGUUAUUCAAGGAUUUGGACCUAUGCAACAAGGACGAGCUGCUGGUAGAGGAUAUGUUGGCUGAAUAUCCGCAGUAUCUGAUUGCCUCACUGGAUGUGAGAGUAAAGCAGGAAAUCGUAGUCGAAGAUGUUGAUGGAGAUGGGGAAAGUGAAAAGUAUGAUUUGGAAGUUCUGGAGAAAGAAAACCCGGAUGUUUCCUUAGUUGACCAUUUACAGAUUCAGCUUGAAAAUGACACUCGGCAUGAUGACGACUGUCUAAAAAUCAUGGCAGAAUCAGAAGAUCUUGAUACGAUGGAACAAGAACAGCUCGAGGUUUGUGACUCAGAGUCAAACCAGAGCAGUUUGGAUCAAGCGGAAGCUCUGUCGAAUGUAAAUCAGAAUAUUCUGUUGGAGUUUGUAGACACUGAAGAUACUGAAGACAUCUCAACGGAGGUUUCAACAGUUAAAAAACGAACAAUCAAGAAACGAUUAGAAAAGCCAAUAAAGACACUUAUCACCAGUAGAAGUAAACACAAAAAACUGGAUUCUCUUUCGGAAGGAAUCCAUUGUAAAUACAAAGGCUGUUCGGAGGUUUUUUCUACCAGGGAACAGUACCAAAAACACCAAAAAUCCGACGCCCACAAGCAGCAUUUAUGUCCCAUUUGUGGCUUUGCCUUAAAGCACAAACAUUCGCUUAAAGUACACAUGGCGAGACACGUUGAGAAUCCCGAGUUCCGGUGUCAGUUCUGUUCGGCCUCUUUCUACACCAAAACGGAACGCAAAAAUCACCAAUCGUUGGUGCACAGCAUCGGAGCCAAUUGUAAGUGCGAUCAGUGCGGGCUUCUGUUCAAAUCUAAAAAGCUUCUGAACCAACAUCAGGAAUCGCACGUACUGGAAAGGAACUACACAUGUGACACCUGUGAUUUUGCCUUCAAAACCCAUCAACACCUUCGCAGGCACGUAACAUCCGUGCACUUGGAAGUUCGGUAUAAUUGCGACCUGUGCGAAGCUUCCUACAAGCGAAAGGAUAAAUUAAAAAUGCACAUGGAGAAGGCACAUAGUAUCCAAUCCUACUUCAUCUGCGACAUUUGUGUGCGAUCGUUCAAAACAAGUGAAGCAUUAACGGAGCACAAAGACCACCACGCCAAUCCGAAACCCCUAGAAUGUUCAACCUGCCUAAUAGCGCACGACAGCAAAGCCGCCUUCGAUACCCAUGAAUGCAUAACCUAUCGAGAGGAUUACAUCUGCUGCGAUAGGGACUUCCAUUUCCAUCUGCACUACAACCGACACAUGCUGACGGCGCAUGGGGUUCGGUGUAAUGUGCGGGUUAAACCCAAGGAUGGUGUUCUGGUGGGUCAACUUAAACGGGCUUACCCGAGCAGCAAGAGACCGGUGAAACGUUGUGGCCAGUGCGGUAAAAGUUUUCGGACUGCGGUCGCUUGGAGAAAGCACGUUGGAUCCGGAGGAAGUUGUACAGGUGCCGGUGAGAUGGGAGAGGAAGAACAUCUAGAGAACAUGGAUGACAUGGAGAAUGAAGGGCAGGAUGAAUGCUUAGGACAAUCCAAUGGUGAAGUUUGGCGAUAUAUGUAACAACAGAAACGAAAGCAAUAACAACCACAUACGGCCCGGUGCUGCCGGGCCGGCAUCCGUGGACGGUACCUUUUGCGGCGACGGCGACUUCUUCAGGUCGAUCCAGAACCGGGCGAUGUUGAUCAGCAUGCCGAUGAACGCGAUCGCGAAGAACUUCAGCUGGAGGUGGAAGGACAGCACCUUGAGGAGCAGCUCGAUCUUUGAUUUCAACACGGCACCAAGGAUGAACAGCUUCAUGUAAGUCUUCUUCUUCUUACCCUUUCGUUUGCCUGCGGUUUUUUUCGUUAGUGUGUGUGUGUAU